CGCUCAGAUCGGCAGCAAGCCGCCUCCCUUUGCAGGAAAAGAACCAGAAGAAAAUGGUUGUGUAGCCUGCGAUCCCAUCUGUUUGUGCUAAUUUAUGUGGAAAAAAAUUAUCUUUUUUGGUGACCAAGGCCCCAGUCACCUACACUAUGGGUUUUCCUGACAUUUGGGUGGUCAGAAUGGGUGUGAAGAGGAAGACCCUCACAAAAGUACCUUCUGCAGCUCCCUUCGGGAACGGAUUACAAAUUUUUGUCUGAGGUUCUCUUUUUGUGCCGUUGCUUUUUUAAAAAUUGUUUCUGAAAAAAAAAAAAACGAACAGAUAUUUAUUUACUUUGAACUGUAAAUCUCUUUCUUAUUUUGUGUGUGAUUUGGGCAGGAGACAUUUGGAGCAAAAAUGGUGCUCAUGAAAGUGAAAUUCGACCUGAAGAAGCGGGUGAAGCUAGCCCAGGGGCUGUGGCUCAUGUACUGGCUAGCCGUGAUGGCUGGCGUGCUGAUCUUCAGCAUGGGGCUCUUCUUCAAGAUCGAGCUGCGCAAGCGGAGCGAGAUGAUGGACAAUAACGAGAGCCACUUUGUCCCCAACCUGCUGAUCCUGGUGGGUCUGCUGGCCUGCGGGGUCAACGCCUUCGGCGGGAAGGUCUGCCACGACUCCCUGGAUGCCACCAAGUUCGGCAAAUGGAAGCCCAUGAUCAAGCACUUCCUGUGUGGCUGCAUCCUCUUCAACGUGCUCCUCUUCAUCACGGCGCUCCUCUGCUUCUGCCUGCGCCUGUCGCUCCAGUCCACGCUGGCCGAGGGGCUGAAGAAUGGCAUGAAGUACUACAAGGACACGGACACGCCCGGGCGCUGCUUCAUGAAGAAGACCCUGGACAUGAUGCAGAUCGAGUUCCGCUGCUGCGGGAACAACAACUACAAGGACUGGUUUGAGAUCCAGUGGAUCAGCAACCGCUACCUGGACUUCAGCUCCAGUGAGGUGAAAGAUCGUGUCUUGAGUAACGUGGAGGGGAAGUUCCUGAUGGACGGAGUCCCGUUCAGCUGCUGUAACCCCAACUCCCCUCGGCCCUGCAUCCAGUUCCAGCUCACCAACAACUCCGCCCACUAUGACUACGACCACCACACCGAGGAGCUCAACAUCUUCACGCGUGGUUGCCGAGAUGCCCUGCUGUCCUACUAUGGGGGCAUGAUGAACAGCAUUGGGGCACUGGUGCUGCUUUUCACCGUCCUGCAGGUGGCAGUAACAGUGGGGUUGAAGUACCUGGGCACAGCACUGGAAACCAUUUCAAACCCUGAAGACCCGGAGUGUGAGAGUGAGGGCUGGCUGCUGGAGAAGAGCGUGAAGGAGACCCUCAAAGGCUACAUGGAGAAAAUCAAAUUACUCUCGGGCAAGGUGGAGGAUGGGGCAGGGGGGGAGGCGCAGGGCGUUGCCACGGUGAGCUGAGUGGGUCCCACCCACUUUGAUUGAGACCACUCCCUCCCAUAGGAGAAAAAGAGAGAGCAAAAUCCUCUCCCACACCACUCCAACUAUCAACAGUGAAUAAAAAUACUUCACAUGGAAAACAAAGAACAACCAAACAUAUGAGAAAACAUUCAUCCAUACAACUGUAUAUAUACUGACAUAAUUUUUAAAAGUAUAUUUCUCAAAAAAGCCCAGCUCUUAGAAAUUUGUACAUGUUAAGCUUUUCAUAUGAAAAUAAUCCCCCAGCCUCCCCUUUGCCACACCCCCUGCUUUGCAUAAUAGGGUUGUAUAUAACAGUACAAACCUAAUAACACCCCAUCCUUUUAUUUUGUUAAAAAUGUUUUCCUUCUACUUUUAUACAAAAAAGUCUUUAUCCUAUUAUAUCUUUUUAUAAGUUGGAUAUAUAACCCGAUGGAUACACAAGCCAUGCUCCAUGAGUGUAUGUGUGUGUGAGAUGAAGAAAAUGCAUAGUAAAGGACCUUACUGACCUUUCACUGUUGGGCAUUGAUCAGAACAGGGGGAUGGUGACACUGAUGUUUUAACGAGGUAUCCAAGGUGCGUCCUCAGGUCCAAAUGACCGAAAGUCCCAGGCUAAUUCCUUUUGGACAGAGGCUAGGAAUGCUGAGGGUGACUUACCUACGAUCUGAGGCAGCUGUCGAACCAGAGUUCUCACUGUCUCCCAGUAGCCACAGAUUCCGUGACCCUGUGCGGAUUGACAUCUCAGCCAGUCCCAGGAGCGGGCGGAAACGUCGAGCUUUCGCACACAUCUCUGUACACUUCAAAACACGUGCUCUUCUCACACACACAUACACAUGGCGUGGUGCUGUCAUCGGGUUAUGCAUCUGCUGGAUGUAAGAGGCAGGUUAACACAGCGUGUGUGCAGCCUUAAGGGGCUGCUGUCAGACUGGCGUUCAGCUGUGUUCUGGGGACGGGCUAAAAGUUGAGUUUACAGAGAGGUAGUUUAACCAUCACCCCGGCACGAGUACGUAGAUGCUAACAGUUUAAUUUUCCAGAUUGUGUGAAAAAUAAACAGAAGAUUGUAAUGUUGCUAAAACUUAAAAUAAGUUAUAAUGUCCUGUAUGACUUUUUCUCCUUACUUCCACUGUAAUUUUGACAGGUAAACCCUUGUCUGUAAAUUUUGACUUUGGUUGAACAGUAAUGUCGGUUUUGUGGGCCAGGUGGAGCUGACAGCCUCUCCACCUUGUAAGAUAAGCAAUGUAUAAAGGGAUCCCCGAGCACACAUCCUGUCUUGCAUGACCAGAGCGAGUUCGCUGUUAGCAUGUCAGCUGCUUCUGCAUAGGCUCCAUAUUAAUAGCAUCGUUUGUCAAUAAAGCAACACAAGACGGCACUCCUGUAAAAAACAAAUUUAAUCAGAAGUAAUUCCAGUUUGACAGGCUGCACGGUGGAGCACUAUGUGACACCACCACCCCUCGUCCUCACCUUGUUCCGCUUUUAUAAAUGUGGGGGCUCCCAGAAUGCAUGUGGAGCGAGACCCCUAUCCAAGGGUGACCCGGAGGGGUGUGUUGAGGGCUGGGGAGGAAGACGUUGGUAUUGGCAGCUACACUUCCACGGGACCAGUGGGGUGAGAGCUAACCGAAUCCUCCAUUUCACACCCUUCGCACCCGAAGCAGGGCGGUGCCACGUGCCUGCCAGGGGUCAUCAAGGGGCGAGGGGCGGGGCUACUGGUUCACAUGCCCUUUGGCACUCCUGUGCAUUCUCACCAAGCCAGCAAUCAGAGUUGCUUCCUAAUAACAAAGGGCUGAGACUAUUGAGAAACUGUUAUUGUACUUAUAAAAAAAAAAAAAAAACUAUGUAAACUAUUUGUUAAUAUAGAUUAUUUUUUUCUAAUGUCAUAGCUAAUCUUUAAAAAAAAAAAUGUAAAUAGUUCACAAUUUCAGCAACAAGUUGGUUUGUGUGUCUGGUGUAGAUGGUCUCCUUGUAUAUCUGAAUAAAGGUUUAGUCAUGUGUGA